AACCAUCCCCAUUUCCCUCGCAAUUCAGAAACCCACGCACGAACACAUUCCCUCACAAACCCCAUUCCCGCACACCCUACCACAGCGAUUAUCACCUGCCCACCGGAGCGUCUGCCGCCUGCACGCCGGAGUUUCAGCCGCCUUCUGCACACCGGUGCUGCCGCUACGCUGCAGCGUUGAACCCUUCAGCCACCUCUCAAAUAACUCACGAUAAGUUUUUUUUUUUUUUUGCCUUUUUUUCUUUGAAUUUCUUGUUCUUGUUUCCUGUUGAUUCCCUCAAUUUAUGGGUGGUUCUUUGAAUUUCUUGGGCUUUGUUGUAAUUAUCAGAUUAAUGUAUGUGUAUUUCAUCAGUUUAUGAUUUUGUUUAUAGAUUUUUAUUUAUUCAUUGAUUGAUUUUUAUUUACAAGUAUUUUUAUUUAUUGAUUUCUAGUUUCAUUUCAAUUCCUAAAUUAUUUUUACUUUCUUUUUUAAUCCUGAAGAUUUUUGUGUUGCCUUCAUGGGUCCUUCCUUCAAUGUUUUUAGUUCGAAUCCUGAAGAUUUGAUUUUUAUAGGUUUUGGUUAGUUUAAUUUUCAUAUUUGGAAAUUGGCAUUGGAGAAAUUUGUGUUACAUUAUGUUAGGUUUUUGUGGGAGUAGAAGCAAUUGAUGUAGAAAUUAGGAAUUGGGUUGGAAAAUGGAGUCUUUCAGAUUCAAACUAUUUUGAUGCGUAAACUUUAUAUUAAGGUAAGUGAUGAGCAUUUGAUUUGUCUGAUCCUUUACUUGCUUAAGCAUUUAUGUGUCUGCAUCAUUAAUUAGUAUUUGUUAAGAUAUAGAUUGAGUCAAUUUUGUGGUUCAUUAUUGUUUGAUUAAAGCUUGUUUCUCCUACAAAAGUCAUCCGUUCUACCAACUGAGCUAAGGUCGGAUCAUGUUACUAUGAUCUACUUCGCUUUCUGCAUUUCUAUUCAUCUUCUUUGAUUAAUUCCACUAGUUGAUUUUGCUGAAUUGUUUUAUGUCCACCAAUUUGUUUUAUGUCUGCUAAGUUAAUUUUUAGUAAUGUUCGCUUGUUAGAAUCUUUUUAGGUGUUUACUAUGCUAAUCGUUUUAGAGAAUUUUACGGUAUUGAAUUUUUAUUGACAAUGUAAUUCGUUCAAAAUUGAAUUUGCUCAACUUGCGGUUUAGCUAGAUUUGUGGUUGUGACUUUGAUAUUGAAAAUCACCCACAAAGUUAGAAUGUUUUGAUUUGUUGGGGGAUACAAAAGUCUUGCAUAGUUGGACUGUAGCUAAGCUCUUCCCCUUUUUUUGAGUAGUCUAGUGACCAAGAACCAAUAGUUUUUGGUGUCCAUAAGAGAUCUAAUUUGCAUCGAACCUAAUAUUGAACUUGGAGUGGAUGUGUUUUUGAGUUUUAUUGCUAAUUACUACCUUCGCCCCUUUGAAAUUCCUUCACUUUUCUUUUUAAUUGCUAAAUUUUUUGUAAUUCAUACUGUUCUCCUGAUUUUGCUACAACUCCGAAAUGUCUCUAUUACUUUUAUUAGUUCUCGUCGACACAUAUUUUCUACUUUAAUACAAUCUACACAUUUUAAAAUAUUUGUAAGUUUGGUUUCUAUUUGGCAUCUUUUUGAUGUGGUUUGAAUUGCACUUGGUGCAUUAUGAAUGGAGAGCUUGUUUGAAUAUAUUUCAUAAGUUUAUAUGAUUUGAAAAUUAUUUUAACAAUAAUGGAACAAAAACAAUAAAGUGCAGCAACAAUGAAACAAAAAAAUCCCUUGGGUUGCUCACGACCUUAGUUUUUGAAAAUGUUGUGAUUCAAUAGAAGUAGAUUAAAUAUUGAAAUCUUUUCCCUUCAAUGACGUUUUGAUGCAUAUAUUGUGUUCUUCAUGUUUAAAUUAGCUUGAGUAGUCUCAAGGGAAUUCUGUGAUGUUUAACGGUAUUUUCUCUUUUUUGCUUUGUAGACUCAAUUAAGAACGGGAACAGCAACAAGAGGGGGGGUGAAUUGUUGUUGUUACUAGUUUAAGCGUUUUUGCCCUAUUUUUGCGGAAUUGAAUAAAAUAAAUAAAGCUUAAACUUAGAGCGAAAUAAUUAAAAGAGACAAACGAUUUUUACGUGGAAACCUUCUAGGCCUAAAUAGAAGGAAAAAACCACGACCCCUCGGGAUUUCUAAAUUCUCCACUAUGUUUAAGGCAACUCGUUACAAUUACAUUAAACAUCUUACUUCACUCGAAGCGCAUCAACUAGGCCAACUCUUCUCUCUUAAAUUGCUUCACUCAAAGCAACAAACUUAGCUUCACUAAAAGCUAAUUCUCACCACUAGCUUCACUAGAAGCUUUCUCCUUAGCUUUACUCAAAGCUAAUCUCUUCUCUAGCUUCAUUAAAAGCUAUCUAAUUUCCCCCUUAGACUCACCCGAGUCUAAUUACAAAUUCUCUCAAAAACCCUUACAAAGGAUAAAAAUUCUCUAAAAAUAAAAUCAAUGAGUUGCACAAGAAAAUAUUAUAAAUUAAUUGGCAUUUUAAAAACAAAAUUUUCUUGUAAAAAUUCUCCCAAAAUUACGUAUGAUUUAAUGGCUCAUACUAAGGCGAGUUUUGAAUAAUAACCGAGCCCACUAUUUAUAAAGCUAAAAUCCCUAAGAAUAAGGAAUAUUCCAAUCCAUUAUCCCAUUAUCAAAAGAUCAUGGGAGUAAUGUGGAUUUUAAUAACCAAGUCUUCCUACGGUUAAUCUUAAAAAUAGGCAUUUAAAGUUGACCAAUUCAAGCCCACGGUUAUUUAGCAAUAACCGCUGUUCCCUAAUAAUAGGUUCUGUUCCCUUUAAGGCAGCAGUUUUACAAACAGCUGUUCCUGUUCCAGUACUAAUUGCUGGAACGUGUUUGCUAUAAAUAGAAACGGUUAUACUGAUUGGGAAUGAUUACUUGCUAACUUUUAGGAAUAAAGACGGUUUAGAAUGAUAGCUAAGACCCAUUCAACAACCACUAUGUCUAUUUUUAGCAAAUCCAAAAUUUACUAAAUAUAGAUCCUAAAAUAAAGGAUCUUUAUUUAGAGGCUCAUACGUAAAGUAAUUUUAAGAAAACUUUUUGCCAAUUAAUUAUAAUAAUUAAUAAAUGCAACAAAUUAACUUUAUUUAAUACAUUAACUAAAAAUAAUAAUUAUAAAUAAAUAACCAGAAUUUCCAGUUAACGUAGGUUGACUCCAGUUCAGGAACAGUGCGCUGUUUCCAGAAUCCAGUUUUGCUAGAACAUCCAACUUAGGAACAGUAGACCUGCUGUCUCCAUUUUACAUCCCAAGCGAUAUACUUCUUCUAACAUCCCUUGAAUCCUUUUGACACGUGCAUUCCCAUGAACUAAGCUAUAGGUACUUUCAACGAUCACAAUUAAUCGGAUAUCGACCUGCACACAAUCUCUAAACACAUAUUUGUUUAAAUAAAGUGUAGUCAUCAUCAAAACUCAAGAGGUCCAACAAAUUCCCCCUUUUUGAUGAUGACAAACUUUUAAACAAACUUAAAAUAAAAUUAGAGUAAAAUCAAUAUUAUAGAGCAUGUCAGAGAUUAAAACAACUCUACAUAACUUAGUAAAUUAACUCGUUACAAUUUAAUUUACUAAGCAAUCAUAGCAACACAGUUUACUCCAUAUAGUAUAAAAACACAAUAUAAAAUAUAUGUUUUUAAAUAGUUUCCAAAAAUAGUUAACAUAAAUCACUAAGUAUUUCAAAUUAAUAACUUUGAAAUCAGAACAAUUAAUCAUAUAAUCAGAGCAUAUAUCUUAUACUCCUAUCAACAGAACAUUCAAAACUAUUAUUAGAACAAUUCAUCAUCAGAAUCAUCAGAGCAACAAUUCAUCAAAUAACUUCUAUUAUCAGAGCAAUAUAAAUCAAUCUUGAUCAUAAGUAUCAGAGCAUUAAGCAUUAACAAAAGGUGUUAACUAUAUACUGACAAUAGAUUAACUAUACUUUGACAAUCACAGCAAAAUCAGCAAGCAAUAAACAAGCAAUAAACAAUCAUCAGCAGCACACAGCCAAACAGCCUUAGAUCAUGAAUCAUAACCUUAAUCCUAAAGUCCAACAUAAUAGAUAUUAUCAGAUCUAAGCAUACUCAAGCAUUAUUUAAGUUUGUGUCAAAUAUUCCCCCUUUUGACAUCAUUCAAAAAGAAUUGGAGCAAUCAAACCACAACACUAAGCAUAUAGACAUAGUCAAAGAGAGAAUAAGGAUGCACAAAGUAAAAAGCAAUAACAACGAAUGCAAACAAGAUCAGCUAUGAUUAAUCGUCACAGAUAUUUAGUAGCAUAAAGGAAAUUGUUCAACAUAUUAUCAUUGUUAAAGGAUGUACCCCAGCUGGUACCAAAAAAAAUUGUUUGAUAAUAGAGAUGAUUGCAAUAAUUAAGAAAAUAUGAUGAUUAUCAGGAGAAAUUAAGAUGCAGGAGCUUCUUCAUCUAUAUAUUCUGUUUCCACCUCUACUGUGUCAAGCUUGGCCCCCAAACGUGCUUCCAUUUGGUCCAUUUGAGCAGAUAGUGAGGCAAUAGAAACACGAAUUUCAUCUUUAAAAACAAGGAAGCUAGACUGAAAUUCUAUGACUUUUAGGAGAAUGGAGGAUAGAGGGGCUGUAGGAACUACAGUGUCACGUAAACCUAGAUUUGGUGAUGUGUGUACUGGUGGUGGUGAUGAUGGUAUAGGUGACUGUGGUGGUGAAGAUGGUUGAAUUGGUGAUUGUGUGGCAGGUUUAGGUGAGGAAGGAUGGCUUGGUUCAUCUGUUGUGUAUGAGGCUGAGUCAUCAUCAAUAAUAACAACAGGUUUCUUUCCUUUGGAAGCUAGCCUACGACUCUUCCUAAGGUUUGAACCGGGUAAAGAACUCUCCUCAUCUUUUUCUUCUUCUUUCUCCACAGCAUCCUCCACGGGUUCCUUCUCAACUUCCCCCUUACAUGAAUUUUCCUACUGUUCCUCUUCAGAAUGCCCCUCUGCCUUCUUAGUGGCAGAUGGAACAGGCUCCUGUUCCUCCUUAUUUACUUCCUCCUCCUCAACUUUUUCUUCAUUUUCUUCUUCAUUUGUGCCCUCAGAUUGUUCAAAAAUAUUCUCAAGAGUCCUAUUUUCAUUAAUCUUAGAUGCAAGUUAUUCAAACACUUAACACCUACUUUGUUGUUUAGACCCAUGGGAUAAUUUGGACCAUCAAGAGGAACACCCAAUUUCUUAAAUAUCCAGGUCAACAGUCCACCAUAUCCUAACACAUUACCCUUAAAAAUACAAUCAUUCAAAUGACAAAUCAUUAAAGAAGGAAAAUUAAUCUUGAUGUGGUUCGCCAGACAGUAGAUCAACGUAGCAUCCCUCAAACUAACCUCACUUCUUUUGGAUGUGCGAGGCAAAAUAAAUCUUCUUGCUAUGUUGUACAACAGUUUGUGCAUUGGUGAUAGCACAUUAUGACUAACUUUUCCUCUUUUUUCAUUCAACCCUAAAAACUUCCAAACUGACUUCUCAUUUAUACCAGAAAAAUUAAUUUUUGACCCAACAACAUAUCUAUCAAAACCAGUCGAGGGAACACCCAACCAUCCUCCUAAAAUCAGGUUAUUAAUUCAAUUUUGAUCCCCUUUACUUCACUAGUAUAGACUCCAUGGUCAAAAGAAAAAUUUAAAGCAAACUCACGCAUUAAGUUGGGAUACAUUGGGUUACAGCAAUAGUUUCCCAUUAAAGAUUCCCAAGCUUGAUUUUGCAAGAUGGCGUGAAAUUGAGGAAAAAAGUUUGAUUCAUACCAUUGUUUAUCCAAUCCAAAGCCAACAAUCAUUUCUUUUGAUAUCUGUUCAGCAGAUACCUGAACAUUAACCUUUGCCCUCUUUGAGGAUGAUUUCCUCACUGUAGCAUCUCCUUUUCGCUUCGAACUUUCAUGCACUUCAGAAGGAUUAGGGGUUUCCUGUUGCUUUCUUGAUGAAGACUCAGUUUUGGGAGUGAGUAGUGUUGGAUAGAUGAGUUGAAGAGGUUUGGGUUGUUUCAUUUUUGGGGUUUGAUUCUUUUUGGUGCUUCAUUGUUCUUGUUUAGGUAUAUGGACACAUAAAGUGAAAUGGAAACAGACUAGUUUAGUGAAGAACUAUGAUGAUUUAACUCCCGCUAUUUUAAUGGAAAUUGCUGGGUAAAUAUAUGUAUUAAAUAUUAUGAAACUUUUAUGAAAAUGAAAAAUAAAUGGAAAUUUUAUGCUACUAUAAUCCGAUCAAAUCAAAUAAGCAAUCAUAUGAGCAUUCACAGUAUAUACUUUUAAAUGGUGCGUACCUGAUCCUUUCGAUAAUCGAUUUUUCAAUCAAGAUUUUGUGGUUGAUCGACCUUUUCAAUUUUCAUUCUGACUUUAAGGAUCACAUAUGUCACCCACUUCAAUGCAGCUUGAUCAUGCCAAGUUCCAAUCUCAUUUUCUCAUGCUGUUCCCUUGGAAGUAGUUUAGUCAUGAUAUCUGCUAUUUGCUCGUUGGAGUUUACAUGCUUGACAAUAAUAUUUUUGUUUUCAACAUUAUCCUUAAGAAAAUGAUGCCUAAUGUGGAUGUGUUUUACUCGUGAAUGAUGCACUGGACCUUUAGAUAUGAAUAUGGCACUGGUAUUAUCACAAUAAAUGGGAACACAUUCAAACUUAAUACCAAAAUCUCUUAGCUGCUGUUUUAUCCAAAGCAUUUGGGAACAGCAAGCUGCUGCUGCUACGUAUUCAGCUUCGGCUGUGGAUAAUGCAACAGUGUUUUGUUUCUUGAAUUCCAUGAAACUAAACAUGAGUCAAGAAAUUGUACCAUACCUGAUGUACUUUUUCUAUUAGCUAGAUCACCUGUAUAAUCUGCAUCACUAAAACCUUUCAAAUCAUAAACAUCACUUUUAGGAUAAAAUAAGGACAAGUCAUCUGUUCCCUUCAAGUAUCUUAGAAUUCGUUUAACUGCAGUGAGAUGUGAUUCUUUAGGAUUGGAUUGAAAUCUAGCACAUAAACCAACACUAAAACCAAUAUCGGGUCUACUAGUAGUUAGAUAUAAUAAAGAGCCAAUCAUGCCUCUAUACAUAGUUUGAUCAAUAGUUGUUCCAUUUGGGUCUUCAUCUAAUCUAACACUUGUAGCCAUAGGUGUAUGGUUGGUUUUAGCAUUGUUUAGUCCAUAUUUCUGAAGAAGUUCUUUGAUGUAUUUUUGUUGAUGAAUAAAAAUAUCAUUUUCAGUUUGUUUAAUUUGCAACCCAAGGAAGAAGUUUAGUUCUCCCAUCAUACUCAUUUCAAAUUCAUUACUCAUUAGGUUAGCAAAUUCUUUACACAACAGUUCAUUGGUCGCACCGAAAAUAAUAUCAUCAACAUAAAUUUGAACAACUAAAAUAUCAUAACCUUUAUUCUUAAAGAUUAAGGUUUUGUCAAUUUUUCCUCUUACAAAGUUAUUCUGAAUCAAAAACUUUGAUAAUCUUUCAUACCAUUGCCUAGGAGCUUGCUUCAAGCCAUAUAAAGCUUUGUCAAGCUUGUAGACAUGAUCAGGACAAGAGGUAUUCUCAAAACCUAGGGGUUGUUCAACAAAAACUUCUUCAUCAAGAAAACCAUUUAAGAAAGCACAUUUCACAUCCAUUUGAUAUAAUUUAAAGUUCAUAAAUGCAGCAACAGAGAUUAAAAUUCUAAUAGCCUCUAACCUUGCUACCGGAGCAAAUGUCUCGGUGUAAUCAAUACCUUCUUGUUGAUUGUAUCCUUUGACCAUGAGCCUUGCUUUAUUUCUAACAAUUAUUCCAUGCUCAUCAAGUUUAUUCCGAUACACCCAUUUCAAUCCAAUUACCUUUUUGUGUUUUGGUUUGGGUUCCAAAUGCCAUACUUUAUUUCUUUCAAAUUCAUUUAAUUCAUCUUGCAUGGCUAUGAUCCAUUCGGAAUCCUUUAGAGCUUCUUCAUGAUUCUUGGGCUCGACAGAUGAUAGAAACGCAAAGUGUGCACAAAAGUUUCUCAUUUGAGAUCUAGUUUGUGUUCCUUUAUUCAAAUCACUUAUAAUCAAAUCAAGAGGAUGGUAUUUUUGAUAUCUCCAAGGUUUUGGCACAAAAUCUCUUGUGGGAACAAUAGCAUGUUCUGGUUCAUCAGCUUGAUCAACAUUCUUUUCAGCUGCUGGAUCGUUUUGCUCUUCUGUGGGAACAGCUGGAUUGGGAGCAGUCUGUUGGUUCUGAAGUACUGGCAGUUCCUGAUCAAGACCGUUCCUUUCUGCCUUUUCUGGGAUCAGCUGUUCACCUGUUGUUCCUUGAUCUUGCAUUUUCAUUUCUUCUUCAUCAUUCUCUAGAUUUGCAAGACCUAUCUUAAAAUUAUUUGUAUCCUGUUCACUUGACAAUAAGUUAGUUUCAUCGAAAAUUAUGUGAACAAAUUCUUCCACGCUCAUUGUUCUUUUGUUAUAAACUCUGUAAGCCUUACUAUGUGAUGAGUAGCCAAGAAAUACUGCUUCAUCACUUCUUUCAUCAAACUUCCCUAUAUUUCGUUUUCCAUUUACAUGAACAAAACAUUUGCAUCCAAACACACGAAAAUAGGAAAUAUUUGGUUUAACACCUUUAAGCAAUUCAUAGGGUGUCUUUGAAGUGAUUGGUUUUGUUAAUACACGAUUCAAAAUAUAACAUGCAGUAUUAACAGCUUCGGCCCAAACAUUUCUAGGUAGACCACUAGCAAUUAACAUGGUUCUAGCCAUUUCCUCUAAAGUUCUAUUUUUCCUUUCUACUACACCAUUUUGUUGUGGUGUUCGUGGUGCCGAAAAAUUAUGACUUAAUCCAUGCUCAUUGCAAUAAUUCAUGAAACUUGAAUUUUCGAAUUCUCUUUCAUGAUCUGACCUUAUGUGAAUAAUUUGAUUAAUGGUAGAUUUUUGUAUUUUGUUAGCGAAAGAAACAAACUCAUUAAAGGCUUCAUCUUUACUAACUAAAAAUAAAAUCCAAGUAAAUCUAUUAUAAUUAUCAAUAAUAACGAACACAUAUCUUUUGCCACUACGGCUUUGUGUUCUCAUAGGUCCACAUAGAUCCAUAUGUAAUAAUUCAAGUGGUUUAGAGGUGGUCACAACAUUCUUUGGUUUAAAAGAUGACCUAACUUGUUUUCCUUUGGCACAAGGAUCACAAAUUUCAUCCUUAAGAAAUUUUAUAGCUGGUAGUCCUCUAACUAGGUCUUUUGAUCUUAAUGUAUUAAUCAAUGUAUAACUAGCAUGACCUAGACGCUUAUGCCAAAGAAGUGGGUCGUCUUCUAUAACGCUUAGACAUGUUAGACUGGUUUUGGGAACAGUGUCCAGGUCCACAACAUAAGUGUUCCCUUUUCUGAUUUCCUCAAGAACAGUGUCUCCUGUGUCAUUCCUAGAAAUAAUGCACCCUUUUUGAAGUAAAGUUCAUAGAGUUACCUUUAACGCAAAAUUGAGAAAUGCUUAGUAAGUUAUGUUUCAAAUCCUCGACUAAAAAUACAUUAUCGAUAGCAUGGGAACAUGACCUUCCAACUUUUCCUUUGGCUAUUAUCUCACCCUUCAUAUUGUCACCGAAGGUUAUUGUUCCCCCAUCAUAGGCUUCAAGUGAGAGAAACUAAGAUUUGUCACCCGUCAUGUGCUUGGAACACCCACUGUCGAGAUACCAUGAGCUGUUCCCCCUCACUUGGACCUGAAAAAACUAAUUGUUAGUUACAGGAACCCAGACUUUCUUGGGUUCCUUGUCGAUUUUGCAUGAAUCAUUUUUCUUAAUCUGAAUGUUAUCGACAUAGUUUCUGUUAGAGACAGUGUACUGUUCCCUUUUGGUGCACUGGUCCUUCAGAUGACCAGUUCCUCCACAGAAGGAACAGAACCUGUCGCUAGGGAGAUCAACGUAAGCCUUUUUCUUCUUGUUAUUCUUAAAAUAUUUUAGGCCUUUUGAAUUUUUACUUUUAGCAUCUUGAAUCCAUUUGGGAGUAAUUUUGAUUUUCCCUUUUUCUCUUGAACUUAAUUCAAGCUUGUCAUCAUUGUUACGGUCGGAUUCCUGAUUUAAUUUUAAAUUUUGAAAAUCAUAGCAUAAAUCUUUAAUAGAUACAUCAUUCAAUUCUUCAUUUAAGCCUAAUAAUUUGUAUUGUGAUAACUCAAUAUUAAGAAUAACAUUUUCCUUUUUAAUUCUCUCCAUACUUUCCUUUAGGAUUAUGUUUAGGUCCAACAAACCGAAAAAUCUGUUUUGGACAUCAUAUUUAAAGGUGUUUAUAUAGGAGACAUGGUCUUUGCUUACCUUGAGUUCCUUUUCUAAUUGGAGACACUUAACAUUACAAUUUUCAAGUUUAGCUUGUGUCUCCUUUAGCAACUCUAUUAAUUUAUUUUUACUAAAUUUGGAUGGAUGAAAAUAAAAUGAGUUAGAAAUAUGUACCUGUUGCGGGUUUGAGAACAAUUUCAUUGUUGGAGUUAGUAGUGGUUACCUCAAAAUCUCCAAUUUCGAUUACUCUCCAAACUUGAUAAUUUUCCGCUUUGAUAAAGAUCUCCAUCCUAUUUUUCCAUUAUUUAUAGAAUUUUCAAUCGAACAUGGUUGGUCUUUGAGUAGAAUACCCUUCUUCCAUUCGCUCGUUCAUAAUUGACAUUUUCGGGAAUACCAGGAUUCUGCCCUCAAGGUUUCCUGAUCUACUGGGAACAGGGCUCUGAUACCAAUUGUAGACUCAAUUAGGAACAGGAACAGCAACAAGAGGGGGGGUGAAUUGUUGUUGUUACUAGUUUAAGCGUUUUUGCCCUGUUUUUGCGGAAUUGAAUAAAAUAAAUAAAGCUUAAACUUAGAGCGAAAUAAUUAAAAGAGACAAACGAUUUUUACGUGGAAACCUUCUAGGCCUAAAUAGAAGGAAAAAACCACGACCCCUCGGGAUUUCUAAAUUCUCCACUAUGUUUAAGGCAACUCGUUACAAUUACAUUAAACAUCUUACUUCACUCGAAGCGCAUCAACUAGGCCAACUCUUCUCUCUUAAAUUGCUUCACUCAAAGCAACAAACUUAGCUUCACUAAAAGCUAAUUCUCACCACUAGCUUCACUAGAAGCUUUCUCCUUAGCUUUACUCAAAGCUAAUCUCUUCUCUAGCUUCAUUAAAAGCUAUCUAAUUUCCCCCUUAGACUCACCCGAGUCUAAUUACAAAUUCUCUCAAAAACCCUUACAAAGGAUAAAAAUUCUCUAAAAAUAAAAUCAAUGAGUUGCACAAGAAAAUAUUAUAAAUUAAUUGGCAUUUUAAAAACAAAAUUUUCUUGUAAAAAUUCUCCCAAAAUUACGUAUGAUUUAAUGGCUCAUACUAAGGCGAGUUUUGAAUAAUAACCGAGCCCACUAUUUAUAAAGCUAAAAUCCCUAAGAAUAAGGAAUAUUCCAAUCCAUUAUCCCAUUAUCAAAAGAUCAUGGGAGUAAUGUGGAUUUUAAUAACCAAGUCUUCCUACGGUUAAUCUUAAAAAUAGGCAUUUAAAGUUGACCAAUUCAAGCCCACGGUUAUUUAGCAAUAACCGCUGUUCCCUAAUAAUAGGUUCUGUUCCCUUUAAGGCAGCAGUUUUACAAACAGCUGUUCCUGUUCCAGUACUAAUUGCUGGAACGUGUUUGCUAUAAAUAGAAACGGUUAUACUGAUUGGGAAUGAUUACUUGCUAACUUUUAGGAAUAAAGACGGUUUAGAAUGAUAGCUAAGACCCAUUCAACAACCACUAUGUCUAUUUUUAGCAAAUCCAAAAUUUACUAAAUAUAGAUCCUAAAAUAAAGGAUCUUUAUUUAGAGGCUCAUACGUAAAGUAAUUUUAAGAAAACUUUUUGCCAAUUAAUUAUAAUAACUAAUAAAUGCAACAAAUUAACUUUAUUUAAUACAUUAACUAAAAAUAAUAAUUAUAAAUAAAUAACCAGAAUUUCCAGUUAACGUAGGCUGACUCCAGUUCAGGAACAGUGCGCUGUUUCCAGAAUCCAGUUUUGCUAGAACAUCCAACUUAGGAACAGUAGACCUGCUGUCUCCAUUUUACAUCCCAAGCGAUAUACUUCUUCUAACAUCCCUUGAAUCCUUUUGACACGUGCAUUCCCAUGAACUAAGCCAUAGGUACUAUCAACGAUCACAAUUAAUCGGAUAUCGACCUGCACACAAUCUCUAAACACAUAUUUGUUUAAAUAAAGUGUAGUCAUCAUCAAAACUCAUGAGGUCCAACAUGCUUCACAUUCUAUUUUGUUUUGAUGUGCAAUUAUGUUUUGUCUUGUUUUGUGGUACGUAUUUGCUUCUGGGUCAAACAGAGAGAAAGACAAAUAACUUAUUCAUGUUCUUCAUGUACAGGGCUAUUUUGACAGCAAUAUAUGCUCUUGUAACCAGUUUUGGAUUUGAUUCUUGAUGGUUUGAUAACCUUCUUAUGUUUAUUUCUUUGCUUGAUUGAUCUUAGGUUUUUCUCCUUCGUAUAACAUGCCAUAACUUAGCAGCUAGUAUUGCCUAGCUAAUGACCAACAUGAUAACAUAGUAGUCAUAUGCCUUUUCUUUGUUAAUUAGUUCUUCUUGUAGUUUAUAUAAAUGCAUGAGAUAAUAUGCUAAUAUGCAAGGUAUGGUUUUUGAGUGAAUCUUGUCAAGAAGAAGGUAUCUCCGGCAUGUAUGGUUUUUGUGAUGCUAAUAUGCUUUCUCCAUUAUCACCAAUAGAGAAAGAAGAGGAUCGAUCUUACUACAUGGCUAGCAUUUUCGCAUGUAAUAAUGCUAAGAACAAAAACCAAUUAUUCAUGGCACCUUAUUACGAAAAUCGGCAUUGGAUGUUAGCAAUUAUUAGUCCAUGGAAGGGAUUGGUUUAUUGGUUAGAUCCUGCUGGUGUGGAAAAUAAAGUGCGUGAAAAUGCUCGUAAAAUUAUUUAUGAGGGGCUUGUGAAGUUUAGCAUGGUCCAUCAAAAGGAUCUCAAAAAAAUUAAAAAGAAUCCUAAAGUUGGUUGGAACAAACUAAAAUGUCCUCGUCAACCUCAAGACGCCAAAUACAGUGGAUAUUAUGUAUGCCGUUAUAUGCUUGAGACUAUUGAAAGUAGGCAACAAUUGAUUUUGGAGGAGUUUUCCCCUUGGGCUCCUUCAACUUAUUCUCAGGAGAGCAUUGAUCAAAUUCGAGAUUUAUGGAUUUCUUACGUUGUCAAACAUAGGCAACAAAAAUUGGAGAAGGAAGCAGAAGAUUUGGAUGAUGUGUUACAAGAUCAUAUCGAUGGAAAUUAUUACAGAUUAGAAUUCAUGAAGAAUUUUGAUGACAUUUGACUUUUGGAAUAAGAUAAUUGUAUAGUUGAAUUAUAGUCUAUAUAUAUGAUGAAAUGGUUUAUAAUUUUUGCUGUUGGUAUGGCAUGUAUGA